AUGGAAUAUGACCCCAUGAUUAUGGAUACGGAGGCUACCGGGCCUUCCGUAAAGAUCACAGAGGCAGGAUCGCAUCAUGUCGAUUUCGAAUUACAGGGCGUCGACCUCGCCUUUGCCAAUUCCUUGCGCCGAGUCGUCCUCGCCGAAGUCCCUACAAUGGCAAUUGAUCUGGUGGAGUUCUCAGCGAAUACAUCAGUUCUGGCAGACGAAUUCAUAGCGCAUCGCCUGGGCCUGAUUCCGUUAAACUCGAAGAAUGUAGAUGAUGUGGCCUACUCGCGAGAUUGCGACCUCUGCAAUGAUAGAUGCGAAAACUGCAGCGUCACCCUUUCCCUUCACGCGCGAUGUACAGGCGACGAUAUAAUGCGAGUCUACGCUCGGGAUCUCGUAGUGGAUGGCGGGCGGGCGAACCAGUGGGUUGGCUCGCCGGUCAUUACCGAUCCAGAAGGAUUGGGCACAGUGAUUUGCAAGUUACGAAAGGGCCAGGAGUUGAAUGUAAAAUGCAUUGCGAAGAAAGGCAUUGCAAAGGAACACGCCAAAUGGGCACCGACCUCUGCUGUAGGAUUCGAAUAUGAUCCUCACAACAAGUUGCGGCACACGGAGCUCUGGUUUGAGGAGGAUGCCUCGAAGGAAUGGCCAAAGAGCAAAUAUGCUGACUGGGAGGAGCCGCCACAAGAAGGCGAGCCGUUUGACUACGACGCCGUCCCUGAGAGGUUCUAUUUCGAGGUGGAGAGCGUGGGAAACCUCGAGCCGGAUGCGAUCAUCCAGCAAGGAAUCAAGGUUUUGCAGCAAAAGCUCGCUUCAGUCAUCCAAACUGUUACAGAAGGCGAGGGAGGCGAUAUAAAUGGCAUGAAUGGCGCAGAUGAUUACAAUAAUGGGCCGCGCAGUCCAGAUACCGGCAUGGUUGGUUCCGGAUGGCAAGGGGACACUGGUUAUACUACGCCAGGCUAUGGCGGUGGAAACGCAAGUACUUGGGGAGCUGGAGCCGCGACCCCUUAUGGAGCUACACCAUACGGCCAAAGUCAUUCGAAUGGAUGGAGUUAG